AAAACUACAUGCAACAUUUUGCAUUCUGUGCAAUUUUUAAAAACACAACAACCAAUUAAUUAUAAAUUGGAUUAGUAUAUUUUUUUACUUAACAUGCAGUAAUUUACAAUGUAUUGUAUAUUUCCAAGUGUAGGUUAUUGUGUUUGAAAUAUAACAUGAUUAUGUUUAAAAACUUUUAUCAUGCAUCAACUGGAUGCAUAAGACUGUUUCCAUAGCAUCAGAUUUUGUACAAACUUGGUGGUGUUUAUAGAACGGAUGUUUUUUAAUUUGCUUUAGUGUACUAUUGUUAUUUAGUAGGACAGUAUUUUAAUUUUGAAGAUUCUUUGAUAUUAAAGAUGUGAUGUUAAAAAGUGUAAAUAGUUUCCUUCACACAUUUUAUAAACAACAUGACUAUUUAGUUUGACAUUGGUUUUAACUAGUCUUAGGUUAAAAUAAUUUUUAGAGCUGAUUCUAGUGAUAUGGAGCUGGUGUAAAAUUUGUAGACUAGGUUAGAAGUCAAGUAAAACUCACGAGAAAACUUCUGGUGUUACAUUGUGUUUAUUGCGGAUACUUUUUGUUAUCAACCUCUGACACAUAAAUUAAGUUGAAUUUUUAGCUGUUUUUUUUUAUUUUAGGUGUAGAAACUUUCGCAAAAUUUUAUGAAUCCAAAAAUAAUUUUUUUUUAAUUCACAAAAUUAAUGUUUGUGAAAAAAAAGUCUAUUUUAGUUUCAAUUGUAUGCUUUGAUGAUAAAAGAAUCUGUUUUGAGGUUCAAUCCUUAAAAGAAAUUUUUGGUAAUGUGCAAAAUGUGAUGCUCAAUAAUUAAUGUGGCUCAUUUGCAAAGGUUUAUAUUCGCAAAAGUUUCUAUCUGCGAAAGUCCUAAUACAGGCAUCCAGAAAGGCUACAAAGUCUUUUUUCUUUCUGUCAGUGAGUCCUUUUUUUCUUUCUGUCAGUGGUUUAGUUAAAAAAUUCGACUUUGCUUUUGUUUUGUGCAAAUAUUAUGAUUAAUAUGAGGACAAGCUUUUAAUAUUUCCUAGUAGAUGCAUUUUUGCAAUCAAAUAUUUUCUUUAAACACUCUUAUCUAUAGAUUUUGAAAGCAAGCACAACAGCAAAUUAUAUCUUAAUUUAAAAAGUAAUUUGUUUGCUGAUGCACUCCUACAACUUUAAUGAGUCAUUCUCCUUGGAUCUGACUAAGAAGCACGAGUAAACAAGGUUAAUGACCUACUAUCACUAUUUGUUUCUAACUUCUUUCAAUCUGUUACAAAUGAUUUUACUCAACAUUAUGAGCACAAGUGUAACCUGAUGAAUCAAUAAAAUGAAGGUAAAGGACUUGAAUGUAUUGUUUUGAAUUGGAAUUAUCCUAUUAUAAGUUUUUUGUUUAAACAAAUUACAUUUUAAAGGUUGGUUCACAACGAUUAUCUUUGUUGGUAAAGGUUCUUCAGUUCCAUUUUUGAAUGGUAGAUGUAAAAUACUGUUGAAUAGGAAUUUUUUCUCAUAUUGAUAACAAGAUGAUGUGACAAUAUUUAUCAAUAUAUAUCAUUCUAUGUCUGUAGUUGGUGAUUGGUAUACAUGUUCUUAUGUUUUCUGCAAAUAAUUUGUGUUUCUAGGUUGCUAUUUUUGUAAAAGAAACCAGUUUAUUUUAGACUCAGAUUUAAAAAAAUGUUUAGAAACUUAAGGUUAGGCUAUCCACAGAUUUAAAAAAAUUGCUUUUUUAACUUUGAUCUUAAAAAAUAAAAAAAUGUAGUAAAAAAAUAUUUUGAAACAAAAUCGCAACCUGAAACAUUUGACACUUAAAUUUGUAGCAAUUUAGCAACUAAGGCUGAAGCCUCAUGGAAAACAUGUUUUUUAAGUAGAACUAUUAAAUGAGUUGAAAAGAGGGAAAAAUUAAAUGUAUGUUUAAAACUCAAGUGGAGUAGUUACCUGGUUGUGUGAGCUAGUUAAGAUGGUGAAUGUUUUUUCCAAGCUUCUGUGAUUUUAAUUUGAAAAGUUGGGUAUGAAGUAUGAAAAAAUAAGUAAUAGCCAAGGUAUGUGCAUAUGCUCAGUUAUUUCUUGAUUAGUAUACAGGAGGAAUUGUUGGCGAGACAAAAAAAAAAUGUUUAUUACUGAAAGGAGGAUAUCUCAUAUUGAAUAUUUGAAUGCUCGUAAUAAAAAAAAGUUUGCGUCAGCUCUAUGACGAUGAAAUAAUAGAUGUUGUGUUAUGAUAAAUUGAUUCCUCGGUCUUUAUUUUUGACCAUUUAUCUUUUUUUCUAUAGUUUGAAUGCAUGUCUUUGAUUCUUUUUUGAGAACUCAAUUAUAUCUCUUGGUAAAAAUACUUUUAUCAGAUGUCACUAAGUGGAUCCAUCAGUCUUUUAAUUGGCUUUGAAAAAAGACAGGCUUGUUUUUGAGCUGGCAUCAAAUUAAAUUUGUGAGACGUAAAAUGGUGUAGAAUUAAGGUGGAUUUGGUAAAUGUGAAUAAAUUGCGUGAUUAUGAGUUUUCGUCAAAAAGUGAGUCUACCAAGAGGGCAGAUGUUUUAUGAUUCAUCGAAAGAAUUAUUUACACUACAAUUUUACGACAACGAAGAGAAUGUAUUGGACGUGGAAAAAGUCCCUGUGCGUAAGGGGAAGUCUCUCAAGGACUCGAUUGAAACACUUCUCACCAACCGUGGCUUGGAUUUUAACACCCACUCAGUCUUUCUUGAUUCAUCGAAGACGCCCCUACCAUUGGCCUUCGACACCUUUCCUCUCGGUGGUAACACGCUCCACGUUAAAGCGAACCAGGCCAUGAAAGUGGAUGAGCGGAUUAUGAUACUGAUGAAGAAUGCAGAAGAAGAUAAGAGGCAGCAGGGGCAACGACAAAAGAAAAACCUGAUUUCAUUAUAUAAAGAUGAUGACGCAACAGUGGGCGGGAAAGUUUUACCCAACGCUACAAAUAAACUCCGUAAAAGUGGAAUAUUCAGUAGUGCGAAGGACGUCAGCAUAAAAAGUCUCACAGAUGUCCUCACUCAUUAUGGAUUGAAUGGUUUCGAUCUCGACAUUGAUAUUGGUGAAAAUGUACCUGCUGAGACUACCGCCGACAUUAUCCUGGAAGACUCAUGGACCGACGUCAUCACGGAGACCGAGACAAUGUCGAGACAGCAGAAGAUUCAGCAGGAAGCGAUUUGGGAAUUAUUGAUUACAGAACGCAAUUAUUUACGAAAAGUCCGAGUAAUUAUUCAGGUGUUUGAAAAAUGUUUGGUCAACUUGCAGAGAGAAAACUUCUUAACAGAAGUCGAAAAUCAACGUUUAUUUUCGAACAUCAAUGACGUGUUUGAAGCUAAUUUGACAUUCUGGCAGGAAUAUUUAAAACAAGUUGUGGAAGAGGCGCGCAGCACCAAAAAACCAAUUAAACCGAGCCAGUUGUUAGAUUCGUUUGCCAAGUUCGAAGAUUUGUUCGAACCCUACAUCAAAUAUUGUUUGGAGGAAUCAUCGUGUGUAAAAUACCUCAAAUAUGUCAAAAACACUCAUGAUCACUUUGAGGAAUACUUGACGUGGUGUGAAAACCAUCAGCAGUGUAAUCGUUUGAAACUAGCAGAUUUAUUAGUAAAGCCUAUGCAGCGUGUGACCAAGUAUGGACUGUUGUUAAAAACUGUACUUGGAAAAACUACCGACGAAGAAGAACGUCUAUCAUUGCUUAAUAUGAUUAACCAAGUUGAACAGUUCGUUACAAAGAUCAAUACAACGUUGCGUUUAAGACACGAGCAACAAAAAUUAGAAGGCGUGUUGAGAAGAAUCGAAUCGUAUAAUCCAGUUGAAGUAGCAAAUGAAGAGGUCGAACGAGUUAUAUCUGAUUACUGUAACUUUAAUCUUCGUGGGAAAAUCCCGGGUUUGCCGGAAAAAGAGCAGAGAUGUAUUUUACUGGAGGGACCCAUGAAAAUGAUUGAAAAACAUGGCAGAAGUGAGGUUCACGUAUUUCUGUUCACCGAUGUGUUAGUGUUGGCUAAGAUGAAGAAAGGUAGCGACAAGCUGCGUAUAAUUCGUCAGCCGUACCGAUUAAGUAAAAUCCUUAUUCAUCCUCUGCGAGAUGUUGGAUCAUUUGUUCUGAUCUACUUAAAUGAGUACGAUGUGCUAGUAACUGCUUUUACGUUAGAAGUAAAAGUGAACGAACAUCUAAAUUGGAUACAAACCAUCGAAAAAGCUAAAAAUCGCUAUUUAAAAGCACGAGUGGGAAAUGGUUCUACGUUGGACUUUUUUGACGAUGAAGCGUCAAGCUUGUUGUCUCCUUCAACGUCCGUUCAGUAUGUGCAAGAUAUUUCUCCGUCACCCGAUCGUCGAUCGAUGACGGUAGUUGGUGAAGAUCCUCGUACCUUUUCCACACAAGAAGGACAGCCAGCGAUUGUUGUCACCGACGAUUUGCGCAGUCGUUCAUCAGUUGCAAUAACGGACCAUUCUCGUCAUCAGUCUAUUCCUGCAACAAAUGAAGUUGCGGUAAAACGGUCUCUAUCUGAUCCGAAGUCUGGACCAUGGAAUCGCGAUAAAAAAAAUCGUUCACGCCCUAUAUCGCUUGUUUCAGAUCGCGACACAGCGUCUUGGGUAUUAAAUAACGAAGAGCGGAACCGGUCAGGAUCUAUUCCUAGUGAUAUUUCGGAGGGCCGCUCCUCCGGAAUCGGCGACAGUUUUCGUAGCAUUAAUUCUGACGGCGCAGUUCAGUUGAGCAGGGACAGUGGUUUGAGUAUGAAAGCUUUUAACAGCUACACAGAAGUUUCAUCUGUAGCAAAACUAAAAGCGCGAUUUGAGUCGGAUUGUCACAGUCCGACAGAAGAGAGUAGCAACAGUUCAAUAUCAACAACCUCUCCCCUAGCUGUCGGUUCGGAAGCUAUAUCAACAUCUCAGUGCAGCACCACCACGACAACCACGCCUGUGGCGAGGCGGACCACUCCACCUGAUUUUAUGGAGCAUCAUAGUACUAUACAGGAGGAAGAAGAACAGUCAUCAAACAAUAGUUGUGAUAAAAUUACAGAACCGGUUCCGUUUACAUUCGAUAUAGAAGAUGAUAGUUGUGAAUCAUUGAUGACAUCGAAUGACGGAAGUAGUACUAUACAACCUUCGAGUCAGGAUUCACCGUACGAAAAUAUCGACCAUAUAAAGCAGUCAAUCAUAAACGUGUCAAUGACAGAUAAAUUAUCUAAUAGUAAAAUAAAAUAUUUUGAAGAUUUCUGUGUUCAAUGCGAUCUUUCCCACGACAAAAUUGAAGAAGUAGUUGAAGAGAUAAAAGUAAACGCCUCUACACAAAGUGAGGACAGUAUACACGAGCGUGACGUUAUUCACACUGCAAUUCAAUGUGAUAGUUGCUUAUUAUGUGACGUUAGUACGCAAUGCGGAGAUUUUAUACAUUUGUCGGGUACCUGUGAUAGUGACACUGAGGAUGGUGAAAUUCAUCCAGUAAAGGUGCCUUUUAUGUCAGAAACGGCCAUUCGACCCUCAUCUGCACCUCCGACGUAUAUUCACACUCCUAUGUUAGAUAUGUUAACUGGAAAAAAACAGCCACGCAGUAUUUUAAAACAUUCGUUCUCAGAUUUAAAUUUGACAACAGUUCAUGAUUACCCAAAUGAUGAUAUAAAUGUUAUUCAUAGCAGAUCGCGCAGUGAUGAACCACAAACGACGAAACGUCAUCGCAAUUCUACGCCUGCGUAUGAAUUUCCGGGAAUGAAAGCAUUACAAACACUAUCCGAAUCCUUAGAAUCGUCUUUACGUAGACAAACAACUGGUGAAAAGUCUACUACUGUCAAAAGUUAUGACGAAAGUAGUAAUUUACAGAACGCAAGUAAUACCAGCUGUAUAAGUCAGAAAAGUACCCCUCCGUCGCUACGUAAAGUAGCUCUUAUAAACAGUAGCUCUCCAGUACAAUUAAGGACUACUAAUGCUAGUAGGUUUGACCAGGCUUCAAUGGCACGUACGAACAGUGAUGUGAGUCAUACACUUGUACCGUUGCGAGAUCAUUCCACGAAAAAGAAGUCUGAAAACAAACGAAACACAUGGCAUGACUUUGAUUCCGUAGCUUUAUUAGAACGAAUUGAGCAAACAAAAUAUGGACCAGAAGGUAGAACUGGCCACGAGGCAAAUUCGCCGAUGAGUAACUCUACAGUGAAGAAGUCAAUGUCCAAAUCUACGGAGUGUUUAAAUGCUCCAAAGAAGCAAAUGAGUUUUAAGAAAACGUUGCUUAAAAAGUUUUCUACGGCUAAUGUUUUUGAGCGUCAGGAUGGUGGUUCGUCGUCGUCUCAUGAUGAUUCUGUGGAGGAGAAAAUGACGAAAAAACAACUUGAAAAAGAGAGAAAAAGAAUGAAGAAGGAACAACGACAGCGAGAAAAGGAAGAAAAAAAGAAAGAGAAGCAAUCGAAAAGAAGGAGUUCGUCGAUAUCUUCUUCAGGUUCGUCUUCCGUCAGUUCGAAACAGUACACCCAUGAUGGAGUGGUGGUUGGCAAAACUCGUUAACACAUACUAUGAAAACAUAUUUUAUAUAUUUUUAUAUUUUUAGUACACCCCUGACACCUUGUACACAUUGUUCAUAAUUUCAUUUCUACCAGUAAAUAAUUUGAUGUAAUAAUUUAAAAUAAUGAAAUAAACUAUUUGUUUGUGAUGUAAACAUAGCUUUAAUAUUUUGUUAUAAUAAUUAUUUUUAAAUUAUUGUAUACUUUUGUUUUGUUACUUAGCAACGUUAAAUUUGCAAUUGUUGUGUUUAUACGCUCUGUCAUGAGAGAACUUUGUGUCCUUUUCUUAUUCCUUUUUCAAUACGUGAACCAAUCAGAUAAUUCUAUGAAAAUCUUUGGGUUUCCAGACUUUAAAAAAAUGUAUUGACUAUUUGAUUUUUUGUGUUUCUCUUUUGCUAGCUGAAUAAACACAACUAUAUGCACGUCAAGAUUUUUUUUACUUAAAUGCAUAUAUAGUGGAGUGUUACUAUUUUUAAUAAUAUCUCUCGUAGACGGGAGUUAGAUAUACAUAAACAUGUCUAUUUAAAUAUUGAGUUUUUCCUCAUCUAAAAGAUGAAAUAAAGAACAAAAACAUGA